AUGGAUGAGGACGACGGGAAGAGGAAGAAGGGUAAACAGAUUGGGGGCAAGUCUGAUGGCCGCGAGCGCCAUGGCAGGCCGACGCGCAGGACGCGUGCCGAGCUUGCGCAGGCCCAGGAGCAACGACGGGCACGGCAGCGGUCGAGGCGCUUGAAGACGGAGAAGGGAUCGGAGCUCGUGCCGGACCCGUUCUUGCGAGAGGCAAUGAGCCGGAGCCGGAGCCGGAGCCGCAAGGACAAGAGCAGGGACCAGGACGAGGACGGCGACAGGGGUAGGGAAGCGGCAAACGGCCCUCGCGCUGGCGGCAGCGACAGCAGCCGGCGACUUGAGUCUUACCAUCCUCACCCCACGCAGUGGCCGCCCAGGGGCUUCGGCAGCGAUGAUCAGCUUUCGCGAGAGCAGGCCAUCAUGUUUGUCGGUCAAGGGGCACCGGUUCACCUGGGACACAAGAGGGCGAUCCCUCACGCGUCGGAUGAGCAUUACGCCCUGUACGCGACGACGUCGACCUUGAGCGCCCCUACUAACGGGAGCUCGAACUGGAACGGGAACGGGAACGGGCGUGACGGCGGCAACGACAGCCGUACCAUGGCCCCCAUGACGCUGCGAAUCCUAGGCCACAAUGGGGGCGAACUCUUCCCCUGGCAGACGCUCGAACAACCGAGCUGCGCGUUCCUUUAUGGCCAACGACCAGGAACCAUCACCCUCAACCAGUGGGUGACGAUGGCGAGCGCGAUGCCCUUGAGCCUUGCUCUGCGGGACUCGGCCGUAGAGCCGCGGCCGAUGGAACUCGGCCAGAUCUUUGCGAGGCUGCGAGAGCUGCAGGUCAACGGUCUCGAGGACGACGAUGUCGACCUCCUCUACCGCAACCUCUACCGACGCAUGCUCCGCGACCCCGACCGCCGACUCCGUCCGCACAGGACCCUCGACCGGCAGAUCACCGACCUCAUCCUCGUGCUUUCGCGGCCCGACUGGAUCGACUUUACGCAGCCGAGGAACCAGGUGGCGACCCGCUUCAUCCUCGACCGGCGCGAGUCCAACGCUGAUCGCUUCCGCCUCUUCUUUCAUCAACUACUGCUGAGCAUGGAGUUGCAGCUGCGCAUCCACUCACCCCAGCACGGAGACGAGGCCAAGGAGAAGCUGCUGCGCCAGUUGCCGCCCACCAUUCUCUGGAGCAUGGCCCUCGCGAGCCGCUGGAGGGAGAACGUGCGAAUUGACGAAUACGGCGACGAGCCGGACAAAGUGAAGCUGCGGUACAAAGCCAGGAAGCGUCAGGUCAAGGCUAUCAAGCGCUUCGCCAGGGUCAUGAAGUGGCCCAAUCUGGCCGAGACGCUGGAGAAGGUUGACGAGAAGGACGGAAACGGCUGUUUGGACGCCAUCAGCUCGGAUACCUUUGCAUUUUUCAGCGGGUUUGUGCUGCCGGGCCCAUCGUUUCCUUUCCUCGUCAUGAAUGCUCUCAUCGACCUGGACCCGGAUCCGGCGACGGAUAACCUCGCCUUGCUCUCCCACACCAACCCCCACUGCGGCUUUCAGUAUCGUAAUAGCCAUACGUACUGGUCGGCAAGCUGCAUCGUCGGCAAGGUGCUCGCGCCGACCUGCCGCAGCGUCGCCGGCUGGAUCGGGCCCGGUCGUCCCACGACCGACCUUGGCCGCUCCGAGAUGGCCCGUAUCCGGAGCCGGCCGGUACGGCAGCAGCCGCGGCUGCGACCAGAAGACGUGGAGAACAUGGAGGAGAGGUCCGACCCCCUAGGUCCCGCCGCGGAGUCGCAACUCUACCCCGUUGCCGACUACGAGCUCGUGCGACCGCAGACGGACUCGGGCUUCGUCAUUGACACGCUGCGGAUCGAGCGCCUCAUCUUUGCGCCCGUACUGCCGGCACCGGCACCAAUGCCGACCGAGGCCGAUGCUCGUCGUGGGCCCGGCUUGUUCGACGCGUCGGUCCAGUUCGCCAUCGACGGGCUCUCGUGGCCGCUGCGGCUCAUGUACGACGUCUCUUUCAUCUCCUCCCGGUCGUGCUCGGGCGGACCCCAUCCAUUGUUCUUCGACUAUGUGUUCGAAACGGUCAGCGUCAACGAUGUGGUGCACGUACGCGACUGGGGAAGGCGCCGACACGGCACCUCGUCGCAGACGACCUGCACGACGCCUCGGCCCUGUCCCACCUCGCCGAGUGCCGAGGGACACCGAUGCGGUGGGGGCGAAGACGAAUAUGACGACGACGACGAUGAGAAAGUGCUCGUCAUCGAAGCCUUUGGCGUGCGUGACAACGAAGUGCUCGCUAGAGCGUGGUGCUCGCAUUGGGGGCUAAGUGCCGUGGUGGCCGACAUUGGGCAGACAUGCAUGGCAUGCGCCAUACGAGAGGCGUACGCUGCGACACUGACAGUAAUUAUCCUUGUCGACGACAGGCUCGUCGAGAAGGACGAGGCCGACGAUUGA